UUCAUGGUUACUGAACCCUCUAAAUAUUGUGUUGUUUUAUGGCCCACCAUUUUUUGCUUGCUGGCUCAACUUGAUUAUGAGUUUUUGGGUGACUAAGUGCCAGUAAUUUGAAUAAUGGUUAAUGCCCAGUUGGAUUUUUUUUUUGCUUUUCCCUUUCAUUGCUGAGAAAAAUGGCGGUAGCAUGAUUUGAUUUUUGGGACUAUAUAGUAGGAAUAGGACUCCAGGGUUGUCCACAUGAAAGUGACAAUUUGAUUUUCAGGGAAAAAAGUUGAAAUGAGAUUUGUUGAAUUUUCCAUGAUAUCAUGCUAGACUGUUAUUGUAUAAAAAAAUUGGGAGGUGGGAAGAGGACCAUUUAGUUUAUUCCUUUAUUGCAAGUUGAGGUUGUGGAUGUGUGUUAACGAUAUGUCCAUGCUUUUUUUUUUUUUUUCCGUGUCUUUUCUAUUUGGUCUGUAACGUGAAUCUUCCUUGUGUUUGGCAUCAGAAAACCAGCCCACCAAUGGAGCUUUUUGCCUCCUCCCUGCUUUUUAUUUUCAUAAACUUUUAAUGACUCUAAUAUAAUCCUCUUAUUUAAAUACUAUUCUAAACCUCUUAUUUAAAUACUAAUCUCCUAGGACAGUGACAAUCUGUUGCCUGGACUUGUACUUUGAAAAACUGCUAUAUAUUUGUUGAUAGAACCACCAUUCUGAACCUUUGAUCUUAAGACAAAUGAAGGCCAGAAGAGGAAAGCGUUCUGAGGCCUUUUGGCCUUCCAUUGUUAUGAAGAAAUGGUUGAACAUAAAGCCCAAGGUUUAUGAUUUUAGUGAAGAUGAGUAUACUGAAACUGAGAGUGAAGAUGAUGCUUGCUCUCUUAAAGAUGAAAGAGUUAAUGCGUGCGAGGAUAUUGCUCAUAGGGCACAAGGGAACCAAUCUUCGUUCCGGAACCAAAUUUCAGAUGCACCUUCAAAGGCCUACUCAGUGAGACACAGGCGAGGAAAAUCUGAAACUCUGCGUGUUCAGUACAUAAAUACUAAGGAAGUGAGAGUGACAAUAGGCACUUGGAAUGUUGCUGGAAGACUUCCAUAUGAAGAUCUUGAGAUUGAUGACUGGCUUUGUACAGAAGAACCAGCAGAUAUGUAUAUUAUUGGUUUCCAAGAGGUUGUACCUCUGAAUGCUGGAAACGUACUAGGAGCAGAAAGUAGCAGGCCAAUUCCAAAAUGGGAGUCAAUCAUUAGAAGAACUCUGAACAAAUCUUUACAACCUGAAAGCAAACACAAAUGUUACAGUGCCCCACCCUCUCCAGUACUGAGGACUUCCUCUGUUGCUGAUGAACUUGCAGACGAGGUUGAUGCUCUGCCAUUGGAGAUGGUGAAUAAUGAAUAUGCAGAAACUGCUGCUGCUUGUGACUUUGAAAGGCAUGAGUUGAGUAAAGUAAUUGACAUUGGAAGAAGUUUACAUUUCAAGAGAAUAUAUGGAAUUGACUGUGACAGUAGAUUAGACUGGCCUGAAUAUUCAUUAGAUGUAACCCCACAAGUUAUCUCUUCCAAUUCCAAGCUGCGGAGAGUAUGGAGCAGUUCUGCAAGGAUGGGCUUUAGUUGGGCAGAGAAUCCUUUAAUGUUUAGUCCUCAAAAUUUUGCAGUAAAUGGCAAUGGACUGAGAAGAUCUCACCAUAGUUCUGGGAACUUAUGCUCAAUGUGGGUAGAACAGCAAGAGAGGCCUGAAGUUCCCGAAGUUCAUGAAGUUCUUGAUUCUCUCUCUGAUGCAUCUGAUAAGUCAUCUGAAGAGGAAGAUGACAUUUUCUCGAAAGUACCAGGGGAAAAAAAUAACAACGGAUUUAUCAUGGAUAAUGGGAAGCCACGUCCCAAGUAUGUACGCAUUGUUAGCAAGCAAAUGGUUGGGAUAUAUAUAUCAGUUUGGGUGCGAAAGAGGUUGCGGAGACACAUAAACAAUUUGAAGGUCUCUCCUGUUGGAGUUGGUCUUAUGGGUUACAUGGGAAACAAGGGAUCUGUUUCUGUUAGCAUGACUCUUUUCCAGUCAAGACUCUGCUUCGUUUGUUCUCAUCUGACCUCAGGUCAGAAAGAUGGGGCUGAACAAAGGCGUAAUGCUGAUGUCUAUGAAAUUAUACGACGCACUCAAUUCUCAUCUGUCUUUGACACGAAUCAACCGCAGAAUAUCCCAUCUCAUGAUCAGAUAUUCUGGUUUGGGGAUUUGAAUUAUCGUCUCAAUAUGUCAGACACAGAGAUAAGGAAACUUGUUGGUCUGAAGCAAUGGGAUGAACUUAUCAACAGUGAUCAGCUAAGCAAAGAACUCCGCAGUGGGCAUGUAUUUGAUGGAUGGAAAGAGGGAGUGGUAAACUUUCCUCCCACUUACAAAUAUGAGAUAAACUCUGACAGAUAUGUUGGAGAGAACCCAAAAGAAGGGGAGAAGAGAAGAUCUCCAGCAUGGUGUGAUAGAAUACUUUGGCUAGGAAAAGGUAUAAAACAACUUUCUUACAAGAGGGCAGAAUUAAGCCUCUCAGAUCAUCGACCAGUCAGUUCAAUGUUUUUGGUUGAGGUUGAAGUUCUAGAUCAUCGAAAGCUUCAAAAGGCACUCAAUGUCAACAGUGCAGCAGUACAUCCUGUGAUUUUCCUAGUUGAAGAUGAGGUUUAACAGAUACAAGGGCAUUGCAGAUCACUUAAAAAGUACUGUUAAUCUUAUUUGACCAAUAAGCCUUGACAUGCUCUCCUGGAACACCAAUAAUAGGAGGCCAGUGUUUAAGACACAUUUUAGAUAAAAGCAGGAAUAGAAAAUCAUUUGUAAAAUCUUGAGCAAUGGUACAUUUUCUUUUUUUCUAAUUUUACUGCAAUUGUAGCUGAUAGAGCAGUGUGUGGGUUUUUCUUUUUUUUUUUUUUUUUUUCCUGUUACCAGUGGAUGUACAGUGCUUAAAUGGUGGAUUUUCUUUUUCUAGAGAACCUCAAAACAAUUAUGUUCUCAGUUUGGCUCAUUGGUCUUGCAUAUUAGACUGUUACUGCUUAGGUUAUUUUGAAAUCAGUAGACAUAAAAACUUGUUUAAUUGAUCAACAAAUGAUACAUGUUAUCUGCA